GAGAGCUUCGACAGGACUGUGAGGUGUGUUGUGAACACGAAGCCUCUGCCGCCUCACAGCAUGUUGAGAGUGCGCAAGAUGUUGCAUUUCCGCCAUCGACGAAGGUUUCAUGCACCAAGUUUCUGGACAUCAAGUUCAGCAUUAUUUCCCAAGUAUCAUUUCGACCCCAUCCCUCGAACGCAUCCAGCACGUUCUUCCCCCAAAUCAAUCAAAGCAAGAUGGCAUUCAUUGUAGGACUUGUCGUUCUGGUGACCCUGAUUUCAUACAAGAUUUUUUCAUCCAUCCGGCUGCGAAGACACAAUGCUGAGCAGGCCGCGCUUCGUGGAUGCCAGGAACCAGCAAAAGCGCCUCGCAAGGGCUUGCUUGGGACCGGCAUGCUCGUGGAAAGUAUCCGAGCAACACGCGAGGAAUGGGGUCCGGUCUGGAUGCAUCAGACUCUGAACUCCAUUGGCAAGACGAAUCAUACUGUCAAGGCUUCCGUCGCCGAUUUUGACUUGAUCAUCACCAGAGACACGGAGAACAUCAAGGCCAUGUUCGCAACUCAAUCCCAAGACUUCGACAUUGGAACACACCGCGAAAAUGCCUUCAAGUCCCUGUUAGGCCUUGGUGUGAUGACCACCCGACAGGAGAGAUGGAAGCACUCUAGAGCCCUGGUUCGGCCACAAUUCACAAGGGACAAUCUCGCGGAUCUAGACUUGUUUCAAAGACACCUGGAUGCGCUCUUGCAAAGAAUCCCACGUAUGGAAGACGGCUGGACGGCCAAGGUCGACCUUUCUCCUUUGUUCUUCAACUUCACCCUGGAUACUGGCUCAGAGUUCCUCUUCGGGCAGUCUGUCCACUCCCAGACCCCUGAGAAAACUCCUGCCAUGUGGGACGCCGACGCACCGGAUCUCAGGAACUUCGGCCAUCAUCUGGAUAAAGCCAAGCACAUGAUCGACAGACGAGGAGCCUUGACCAAGUACGGGUGGCUGCUCCGGGACAGCUCCUUUCCCAAACACUGCAAAGCAGUCCAAGAUUGUGUUGACUGGUUCGUGAAGCAACGCCUUAAUCGCGGCUCCGAUGACGAAAAAGUGAUCGAGACGCCAAGUGGAAAGCCCAAAUUUGUUCUCCUGGACGAACUGGCCAAGGACACCAGCGACCCAUUGGAAUUGCGAUGUGAGCUUCUGAAUAUAUUGCAUGCCUCGCGCGAUACCACCGCGUCAUUGAUGGGAUGGUCUUUCUAUUUCCUGGCCAGAUAUCCAGACGUAUUCAAGACCCUACGGGAAGAAAUCAUUGACAACUUCACGGCAAAUCCCGAGUCGGAGAUCACCUUCAACAAGCUUUGGGCAUGCCAAUACCUGCAGUACGUCGUCAAGGAGACAAUCCGAGUGGUCGGAGUUGUCCCUAUGAACGAGCGUGCAGCCACCUGCGACACGACGUUGCCGCGAGGGGGCGGGGCCGACGGUCUGAGCCCGGUCUUUGUUCCGAAAGGUACACAAGUUCUUAUCCCCACAUACUCCAUGCAACAUCGUGAGGAUAUCUGGGGUCCGGAUGUCGACGAGUACAAGCCUGAAAGAUGGCAAGAUCGAAAGUUUGGCUGGGACUUUAUUCCCUUUGGCGGAGGUGUCCGUCAAUGCCUCGGGCAACAAUUUGCACGUACAGAGACCAUGUAUGUGCUUGCCAGAGCGUUGCAAAUAUUUGACCAGAUUGAAAACAUGGAGGGGCCAGGUCCCGUCAAGAUGCACCAUACCAUUGAAAAUAGAAGCGGCACUGGGGUGCAGGUUCGCCUCCACCUUGCUUCGGCAGAGUCGAAACAUUGUCGAGAGCAACCAACAAGUGAGUUGAAGUUGGGCCCCGAGUAUGAUUUGGGUCUUGGUGCAGAUAGGCCGAUGGUUGCACCUCCUACCACUCCAGCGGCAUAUUGUCGAGACGAGGAGAGACAAUAUGAGCUGAAGCUCAGCAAAGAUUAUGAUCUUGAACUGGGUGCGGACAGGCCGGAAGAGGCCAUGGUGGUUUAGAGUGUCUUGAAGGUGUCCAAUGUGAUCCUGCCGCCGUACCUGCAGGCAGCACACGACAUCGACUCGUGGGAUGGGAAGGCGGGAACGCCAUUUCGGUUCAGUGGCAGGCAGACUGAGGCGUUCUCUCCGGCGUGCUUCCAGGAA